GAUGUAUUCAAUAUAGAGUAAGGUUUAAAAAUUCAACGUUAAGGAUUGGAUUUGAAUCCUUAAGAGAUUAUAGAAUAAUGUAGAUUGAAUGAUAAUGAAAUUUUGGAUGUAGUUGUUAAAUAAACAGAUUAAUUUUUUCUGAUUAUUUCAGUGCUAGGAAAUGAUAUUUAAGUGGAGGUAGAUUAAGACUAAAAAGUUUUUGAAUUAAUGGAUGAGUUGAAGAUAGCUUACAAAAUCAAUUAUCCCACUGAACUUGUGUUCAAUCAAAUACAAUUACUUCCUGAUAAGAGUUUCAAGUAACAAAAUAUUCUGAGUAACAGUUAUUUGAUUUUAAGAUAAAAAUAAGCAGUUACCAAAUUGAAGAUCACUUAAGGUUUAAAUUUGAUUAUUGUCAAAGUUAGAGAUGGAAUGAAUAUGAUCCAAAUUGAAAUAGCUCCUACAGCAACAGUUCAAGAUUUGGAGAGAAAAGUUAAGGAAAAGACAGGUAUAAAUUUUAAUUUUACAUUAUAAUUCAACAUGAAAUUUUUGAGCCCAUAUUUAUCUUUGGCUCAAUAAGGUAUAAAAAAUAAUUGUGAAGUAAUUUUGCUUCGAUGA